GGGGCGGGGCCGGCGGCCAUGUUGGAUUUAAAGGGGCUGCGCGGCUGAGGGUUUUGCUGUUGGGCUGGGCUCACGCCCUGACCCGGGACUGCGACCGGGACUGCGAGCGGCACCGCCAUCGAGACCGAGCGCCGAGCAGUGUGGUUGGCUGCCGAGCGCCUGGUGCCUGCGCCUCUGCUAGAGCCGGGAGUGCAGCGCGGUGGGAGCCGCGCAUCGCCGCAGCCUGCGCUUCCCCGCAGCGCCGGGGCCUCCGGGAGUGCCAGCGCUGGACAAGCUGCUGCAGGCAGCCAGGGCUGCAGAAGCAGGACUAUGUCCACCAUGGUGUACCCUAGGGAGGAGAAACUGGACAAGCUGAGCCAAGAGGAGAUAAUUUCCAAUACCAAGCUGGUGAUGCAGGGGCUGGAGGCACUCAAGAAUGAACACAACUCCAUCCUGCACAGCUUGCUGGAAACCAUAAAGUGCCUGAAGAAAGAUGAAGAAGCCAAUCUCGUGCAUGAAAAAUCCAACCUGCUCCGCAAGUCAGUAGAGAUGAUCGAAUUGGGGCUUGGAGAGGCUCAGGUGAUGAUGGCAUUGUCCAACCAUCUGAAUGCUGUGGAGUCAGAGAAGCAGAAGCUGCGUGCUCAGGUCCGGAGGCUGUGCCAGGAGAACCAGUGGCUGCGUGAUGAGCUUGCCAACACCCAGCAGAAGCUGCAGCGCAGUGAGCAGACCGUGGCUCAGCUGGAGGAGGAGAAGAAACACCUUGAGUUCAUGAACCAGCUGAAGAAGUACGAUGAGGAUGUCUCGCCUUCGGAGGAGAAGGAGGGUGACUCCACCAAGGACUCUCUGGAUGAUCUGUUCCCGAAUGAGGAGGAGGAGCAUGGUCCUGGACUGCCCCACCAGCACAGUAGUGCAGUGGCAGCUGCCCAGCAGGGAGGCUAUGAGAUCCCUGCACGCCUGCGCACGCUCCACAACCUCGUCAUCCAGUACGCCUCCCAGGGACGCUACGAGGUGGCUGUGCCACUCUGCAAGCAAGCACUGGAGGACCUGGAGAAGACAUCAGGCCAUGAUCACCCUGAUGUGGCCACCAUGCUCAACAUCCUGGCACUAGUGUACAGGGAUCAAAAUAAAUACAAAGAGGCAGCACAUCUCUUGAAUGAUGCACUCUCCAUCCGUGAGAAGACCCUGGGCAAAGACCACCCAGCGGUGGCAGCAACUUUGAACAACCUGGCUGUUCUCUACGGCAAGAGAGGGAAGUACAAAGAAGCAGAGCCCCUGUGUAAGCGAGCCCUGGAGAUCCGUGAGAAGGUCCUAGGCAAAGACCAUCCUGAUGUGGCCAAGCAGCUGAACAAUCUAGCCCUGCUGUGCCAGAACCAGGGCAAGUACGAUGAGGUGGAGUACUAUUACUGCAGGGCUCUGGAGAUCUAUGAGAGCUGCCUGGGUCCUGAUGACCCCAACGUGGCCAAGACCAAGAACAACCUGGCCUCCUGUUACCUGAAGCAAGGCAAAUACAGAGAUGCAGAGGUGCUGUAUAAGGAGAUCCUCACCCGUGCUCAUGUGAAGGAGUUUGGCUCUGUGGAUGAUGAACACAAACCAAUCUGGAUGCACGCAGAGGAGAGAGAGGAGAUGAGCAAGAGCAAGCACAGAGACAGCGCUCCCUAUGCUGAGUACGGCGGUUGGUACAAGGCCUGUAAGGUCAGCAGCCCCACGGUGAACACCACACUGAGGAACCUGGGUGCACUGUACCGGCGCCAGGGCAAGCUGGAGGCGGCAGAGACCUUGGAGGAGUGCGCGGUUCGGUCCCGGCGGCAGGGCAUUGACCCAAUCAACCAGACAAAGGUGGUGGAGAUCCUGAAGGAGGGCGAUGGCACAGAGAGACGUCGGAGCCUGGGGGGCAGCGUCAAGUAUGAGAAUGCCACAGACGGUAGCGAGGAAGCUUAAAUGCCUCCCGAGACUCCCUCUUUCCCCUCCACCGCAAUCACCUGGAUGUUUGUGUUGUAUCUUCCGACCUUUCCUCCACACCAUCCCUCCUUCCUCGGCAAGGACUCCACGCCAGCCCCCCAACCCUCCCGGCGCGCGAGGGCACCGCCACGCCUGCAAGGAGUGAGGUCCUGGCCAGCGCCAGCCCCAUGGCCAGCAAGAGCAGGAAGAAGCUGCACGGAGCUGCCUGCUCCCCUAGGCCAGGGCGACGGGCACCGUCCCCUCGUGUCCCCCCAACCCCAGCCUGCCCUUGUGCAUCGCUGGGGACCAGGCCUGCAGGGGAUCCUCUUCGCUCCAGGCAUUCCGACUCUGCUAUCAUUAGCCAUCCUCAGCCCUCCUAGCUUGUUCCCUCCAUCUCUGCAGAAGCCAGGAGCGAGGCAUGAAGAUGGGGAGCCCUUGUGGGGCAGGGAGGCCUGGCCUUGGCAGGGCUGUCAUGUGCCCAGUUGCUUUCUUCCCUGUAGGCUUAGCUGAUGUUAGUUCCCUGUAGCAAACCUGCGCUGGCCACUGGUGAGCUGGGCUCUCCCUGCAGCGUAGGGCAGUCCCUGUCUUGCUUCCCCCUCCCUGCUGAGCUCUGUGAUCUAGUGGCAGCAUGUUGGCCUCUGUGGGGCCACGGGGACAUAGGGUGGCCUGUAGCUACUGUACAUCCAAGACAAGGUGAGGGGGUGACAGCUAAGGGCCAUGCAUGAAGCAGGGACUUGCCAGGAUGAGCAUGUUUGGAGGCAACCUCCUGACCUAGUGCUGUGGCCUAAUUCCUGGUGGCAUUAAGGGGUGGAUCGGCUCCCCCUUGCUCCAGGGUCCCCAGGCAUGGUUGCUUGAGAGGUGAGGUGAAUCUGUUCACUCUUCCAUGCAGGCAGAGGAAGGGCAGGAGGAAAGCAGAGCUUUUCUGCAGAGGCCAGGCCCCACUCUGUUCGAAGUGGUUGAUACAGGGAAUGGGAUGGUUUGGAGCAGUGGUUGGGAGAAAAAUGUGCAAAGAAGGAUGUGAGGAAAGGAAGAGUUGGGGCUUGGAGUGCUCUGAGGAUGUGGAGGCAGAUGGGAUGGUUUGAGGGAGGUUUCCACAGGAGGAGAAGGA